UUCAAAGCAGAUUCGAAUGUUUGCAUAUUCUCCAUGAAUUUGUUCCAGGAAGAGAAUGUCGUUAGGAGAACCAUCAUCUAAUAGAUAAUUUCCAUACCAUGGACGAAAGUUUCCGUGGAGUCCACGGCGUGGUCUGUCUGUUAAGAUUACCCUCUAAUGAUAUUGCUGAUUGUGUCUUACUGUUAGGAAAAUGUAAACAAACUGUGUACAUACUUGGGCGCGUUGACUUGCGAAAGGUAUCCGGUGUUUUGUCAAUCCAUGGACAUGAUCUCAAGGAUAGCGAAUGGCAUUCAGCUUGCUCCAGUGGCGGAAAACUCAUAACACUUGAAUGCAAUGCUCGACGUCAUGUGGAGUAUUCAAGCGAACUUAUCAGCGAGAUAGUUGAUGUUAAAACAAGGAAGGCUAUUAAAGUAAAAUUAAAACUGGCAAAGAAUGAUAUUGGAUGCAUUGUCUUUCUUAAAGCAAACAUGCUUCCAUUUAAAUUGGGGUGGGAAAAUUUGUUUCAAUUUGGCUCAAUAAGUGAUAAUGAAGAUUUGACCUCAGAUCAAGAAGAAAUUCAAAGUAAGACCGCCGACCUUAGUUUUACUCUGUUCUUUAAGCUGCCAAACGCAUUCUCACCAUUACUAGUCUCGCCAAGCUGGAGGAGUAUUUCUAAGCUUAUUCUGUCCAAUAAAACUGAUUCUAAUGCUCCAGUUGUUCUCAUAUGUGGCGGAAAAAACGUUGGAAAGUCCACAUUUGGAAGAUAUUUAGUAAAUAAAUUGCUGAACACGCGAAAAUAUUUGUAUUUCCUGGAAACAGACGUUGGUCAAAGUGAAUUCACAGCACCCGGAGUAUUAUCUCUAACUAAAGUUGAUAAACCUAUUUUUGGUCCCCCGUUUGUACACCUGGCGAAACCUGAAAGGGCAUUUUUCUUUGGAGACAUCUCCCCAAAGGACCAUCCAAGUACUUACGUGCAAUUGAUAUAUUUCUUAUACAAGUACUACGUUGAAUAUUGUCGUGAAACACCCUUGAUAGUCAAUACAUGUGGCUGGGUGAAAGGAAUGGGUGUUCGGAUAUUGUUGGAUAUAAUCCGUAUUGUUCAGCCAAGUCAUGUUGUACAAAUUAAUUUCGACUCUCAGCCAGCUAAGAACUUUCCAGUCCUUAAUAAAGAAUUUUUAUCCUCAGUAAAAGGUUGGAGUUAUCUUUGUCCCGAUGAAAGUGACUCCUGGGCAUGUAAUCCUUAUAUUCAACAAAUGGAUGCAUUCAAAGAAGACUUAGAAACUUCAGGGUCAGGUUUAAAACCAAGCGACCUCCGAUCUUUGUCUCUCUUAUCCUAUUUUAUACCUCAGACGAGCAUUACAAGCGUUACUACAUCCGUUCAAGAAUAUAUUUUGAGGCAUUCUAACGUGUAUUCAAGAUCUUUGGAUGGUCUCACGAUUUUAAGUGUGUAUGAUGAUAUCUGCCCUGAUGAACUGCUCCAUUCUAUCAACGGUAGUGUGGUCGGUCUUGUCAGAACCGAUGUAAAUGUGACAGAAUCAACUGAAGUAAGCGAUGAUAAUUUUCUUUUUAAUAAGAUGCAGUUUGGACAAUAUCUAGGGUUAGGUAUAGUUCGAAAUAUCGACGUGGAGAAGCAGAUUGUGUAUAUCAUCACACCUGAACCCAUUGAAGUUUUAAAUAAAGUUCAAGUUCUGGUGAAGGGAAGUCUUGAGAUUCUUGACUGUCUAUAUAAGAAACAAGACACGUACGGGAAAAGACCUUAUGUAACAUCAGAGUUUUCCUACAGCCACAGAGGAUCGGGACAAAAAAGAAUUCGAUAUAAUUUGUUGAGACAAAAAUCACCACAUUCACCAAGCGCUAACAGUCCAAAGACCUAGGAACUAACACGAGCUUGCAGACAGUAUUUUAAAACAAUUUGUACACGUUUGUAUAACGCAUUCUAAUAAAGUUUCCACCGCAUUUUCGUGAUAAUUAUAAGAAAAUGGUACCAGUUAUUCAUUUACUAUUGCUAAUUGUAAUGCCUAAAGCUAAUCGCGCAUGCGCGUUGCGAGAAUAGUUUUUGACAUUGGCUCUGCAUCAUUUAUCGAAUGUGAAAUGUCAAGGUGACGUACAGAAAAACUGUGUAUAGUGUAAUGUGGUUCGAAAGCAAUUACGGUUUUAGGAUAAGGUGCUCCUUUCUUCCCCAAAUAAUUAUAUUAUUAAUAUUAUUUUUAUUUAUAUUUUGAAAAAAUCUUUGAAAUUUGUUAUUUCACUAACAUAUUUGUGAAGGAAUUAUCGAAUUUUUCUAAUAAUUAU